UAAAAAUGAAUGAACAGGUUGGACUGUUUGUGAAGCUCCUUUCCAAGCUCCUGUGACUUCUCUGUCCUGACACCUUCACUGAACAAAGGGGAAAAGAAGUUGAACUCAUGGUGUGCCUGAGCACGAUGGCUAGGAACACCAAUAUGCGCUGGCGCUUACCUAUGGUUUGCCUCCUCUGGGAGGUGGCCAUGAUCAUCCUUUUUGGGAUUUUCGUGCGCUUCAACCCAGAGGCAGAUGUGGCUGACUGGGAGAAGGAAAAACAGCAAAGGAACGUCUCUGAUAUUGAGAAUGAAUUCUACUUCAGGUACCCCUCUUUCCAAGAUGUCCAUGUGAUGAUUUUUGUGGGUUUUGGAUUCCUCAUGACCUUUCUUCAACGCUAUGGCUUUGGAGCUGUUGGCUUCAACUUUCUCCUCGCUGCCUUUGGGAUCCAGUGGGCUCUUCUGAUGCAGGGCUGGCUCCAUACCUUUGAGCAUGGGAAGAUACUCAUUGGAGUGGAAAGCCUGAUUAAUGCAGAUUUCUGCGUGGGUUCUGUUUGUAUCGCCUUUGGUGCCAUUUUGGGCAAAGUCAGCCCCGUCCAGCUGCUCAUUAUGACACUGUUUCAAGUGACCCUCUUCUCCAUCAAUGAAUAUAUCCUGCUUGAUCUGCUCCAUGUGAAAGAUGCUGGAGGAUCCAUGACUAUUCAUACAUUCGGUGCUUACUUUGGCCUAACUGUGACCUCUAUUUUGUACCGGCCCAACCUUGAGCAGACCAAAGACAAGCAGGAAUCUGUUUACCAUUCAGAUCUUUUUGCCAUGAUUGGAACCUUAUUUCUGUGGAUGUACUGGCCCAGCUUUAACUCAGCCAUUUCCAAUCAUGGAGAUGCACAGCACCGAGCGGCCAUCAACACCUAUUGUUCACUUGCUGCUUGUGUCCUCACUUCUGUGGCCUUCUCUAGCCUCUUGCAAAAGAAGGGAAGGUUGAACAUGGUCCAUAUCCAAAAUGCCACCCUCGCUGGAGGUGUGGCUGUAGGAACUUCUGCUGAAAUGAUGCUCACCCCAUAUGGUGCCCUCAUUGUAGGCUUCAUCUGUGGCAUUGUGACGACCAUCGGAUAUGUCUACAUCACACCUUUCCUAGAUACCAGGCUACAUAUCCAAGAUACCUGUGGCAUCCACAACCUUCAUGGAAUGCCAGGUUUAAUUGGAGGCAUCGUGGGAGCCGUCACUGCUGCCGCUGCUACAGAAACAGUCUAUGGAAAGAAAGGGCUCAUCAACAUGUUUGACUUCACCGGAGAAUACCGAGAUCGAACGCCUAGUAUCCAAGGGGGAUUCCAAGCAGCUGGCAUUGCAGUAUCACUAGCUAUGGCUUUUGUGGGAGGAUCUAUUGUAGGUGGCAUUUUGAAACUGCCCUUUUUUGGUGAUCCUACAGAUGAAAACUGCUUUGAAGAUAAUGUCUACUGGGAAGUCCCUGGCGAGGAAGAGAGCAACCUUUACUGCAUGCAUGACUCCAAUGCUAAGCCUGUGAUUAACCCUUAACAGACAUCAACAGACAAAGGGGUGAUCAACCUCUGCCUUUGGAAUUCCCGCCCCACUUUUUUUUACAGCAGAAUCAAGGAAAUGGAAGAAGGCAAAAAUAUUAUCAUUCAAAUGAAGAGAUUAUUUUUAAACACGAACUCACACACACAAAAAUAUGCAAACAAAUUAUAAUGAAGUUAAGAUGGGUGAAUUCAGAAGCAUCUUGCUAAAACCAAAACAAGUUAUGAAACAACAAUGACAUAGAAUAAGCUAUAAAAUGUUAGAGCUUAUUGACCAAUAAAAAAUGAGCGAGGCAUUCCCCACAGAGCUCUUAAAAUGAAAUAGCUGAAGUUUUAGCAAAAGCAUAUAACUUUCCCUAAAAUUGGCUUUUUUAUUUAAUUUAAAGGCCUGGAGAUUAGUUGUUUUUAAAAAAUAUAAUAAGUAAGGAAGGCAAAGGAAGCUAAAAAUUACAGCUCCCAUUCUAGGUAAAUUUGUGGAAAGCAUUAGGAAAGAUAAAACUACAAGCCAUAUGGAAGAAUGAAUAUGGUGGUUUCUGGGCAGGCAAGUGUCACCUCCCCAAUUUUUAAAGAGUUUUUUAAGGAGUCAAACUGAUCAGUCUUUUAGCUGGAUGCUUUAGCCAACAUCUUCCCUCAGGGAAGCCUGAGUCAACCUACCAAUCAAGGGAGAAGACCAAUCCUUUCGUAGAUGUUGCAAGACUUAGAAAGGGGGAAUGAAUGCAAUGUGAGUUUUGCAAAAGAAGAAUGCCAGAAAAUAAGACCAUCCAUAGGAUCUAUACGGAAAUUGGGGCAUUUUAAUAAAGUAGUUCCAAAAUGAUCUAGUGAACAGCCCAGAGUAGCAAAGUGGUUGAAUUUGCAAAAGUGUCAACCAGCCCUCGAAGGGUUCCCAGGUGAGAUUCCCUCUCGUUGCAUGGAAGAACCACCUAAGUGUUGUUAUAGGUCUUGGGGUGGUUGUCUACAGUCUGAUGAAUAUCUUGGCCCACUCAAUGGGACACCAGGUGCCACCAAAUCAAUUAAAGGCCUUGAGGCUGCAACAGACAACUAUGCUUUCCUAAAUCUGUAAAUGUUGUAA